UGUAGUUUCCUGUGUGAGACACUUUAGAAAGAAAAACAUGCCAUCCACCCGCUCCCAGAAACAAGCAGUCCAGUCUCCAUCUACCAGGAUGAGUUUGAGGAGCUUCCGCAGCAUCCCGCUGGUUCCCAUGGAGACUUCCUCCUCUUCCUCUGAUGACAGCUGCGACAGCUUUGGCUCUGAUGGAGGCUUUGCAAAUACGAGGAGCGGCUUAAGACAGACGAGGAGGAUGGCAGAGAAAUCAAAGGUGUUUGAGGCCACAUCAGAGGAAGAUACAUGCAGCGGGUUUGAGAAUGUGAUCAACAGUCAGAUGAAAGCCAUGAAAGUAAACUCUCAACCUCUGAGACGUGGCCGCAAGUCUAGCGUCCUGAAGGUUGCAAUGACGUUCCCCACCAGGAAGACGGGCAAGAAGAGGCCUGCAUCUGAACCACUCCCUCAGACUAAGACACCAGACUCCGACUCUGAGGAAGAUUUGAACUUCAUGACCAAGAGAGCUAUGAAUAUAAAGGAGAACAAAGAAAUGCUUGCAAAGCUAAUGGCAGAGCUGAACAAAGUAUCUGGACCCUUCCCGAGACGGAUGGCAAUGUCAGCAUCAACUACGCCCCGGCAAGCACCUCGGCGGUCCUUGGGGACUCCAGCAGUUUGUAGGAGAAACCCAGAGCGUUUGUCCCGACCCCACACGAGGUCCCGCACACUGGUGGAUGGACCCCCCAGCCCGACUCUAGAGGAUGAGCCUGAGGAUAAGUUCAGCCUGGUUCGCAAAAGUCGCUUCUAUGAGGAAGUGGAUGAGCCUCCUCGACGCCGUUCCUUCAACGGUUCGAAGUCCAUCCCUCAUGAAGUGCGGCCUGUGGAGGACAUCACAGAGGCUGAGCUGCAGAACAUCUGCGGGAACGUGCGAGAGAAAGUCUACAACAGCGCCACUGGAAGCACUUGCCACCAGUGCCGUCAGAAAACAAUCGACACCAAAACAAACUGUCGUAAUCCAGAGUGUCUGGGGGUAAGGGGUCAGUUCUGUGGCCCGUGUCUCCGUAACCGGUACGGAGAGGAGGUCCGAGAUGCUCUGCUGAAUCCGGAGUGGCACUGCCCGCCAUGCAGAGGGAUCUGUAACUGCAGCUUCUGUCGGGCCCGAGAAGGCCGCUGUGCUACUGGAGUGUUGGUUUACCUGGCGAAAUAUCAUGGCUAUGAUAACGUUCACGCCUACCUGAAGAGCUUGAAGAAAGAGAUGGAAAGCGAACAGAGUAGCAAUUGAAAUGUGGCAAAAGAAGCUGCUCUGACUUAUCCGGACCUGACUGACAUGCUUUAUAAUACAACGGUUACUGUUCCUGUUUGUGACAUUUCAUAGUUAAACAUUCACUGAUAUCUAGAGGACACAAUUGUUUCCAGUGUAAAGUUUGUUGUCCCAGAUAUUUUUUUCUGAUCUGUUUUUAUAAAAUGAGACUUCACAUGAAGGCUGGUUGAUUGGUUGCUAAAUUAGAGCACACAAAAAAAAUGAAAAGUGUCAACCAUAAUUUGGCAAACUGUCUGACCAGCCUUUUAUAAGCUUAAUGUUCGUUGAUUGCAUUAGCCUAGGAUGUACAUAUCUUUUAACAGCUGAAUUGUACCUGCUCAAAAAAAAAAUCUUGUUUAGAGCCACAGUAUUUUACAUUGUUUUAAAUGUAUAUAUUUUACAGCCUGCUUGGACAUGAAUUUGCUUGUAGGGGAUCAAUCUUUGUGCCUUUUUUGUUUGUUUUUUUUCGAGUUGAAAAUUUAUGCUUGUGUUUUUACAAGUUGCGAAACCUUUCGUAAAUCAGCUAAACGUUUAAAUGUUAAAACAUAUUUGCUUUACUUGGGAUAUCCUGUAGAAGUGGCCCAAUAGUCUGCUUUCUGCCGAGGUGGUGCAGGUGGAAAGGGCAUAGAUCGGGGUCCACUGCCUCUCACUUCUAAACCGAGAGGAACUGUGAUAUACUACAGCGCCUGGUUAAAUAUCCUUCAUUAGAUAACUGUCACUAAUGGUGUGGAAACAAUUAGCACACUCUAAUGGGAAUCUCAUACCUGUAAAUCAUUUUAUCCUGUUAAAGCACAUUCUCGCUCUGCUCCAGUCUCUUUGGCUCAUUUCUGCCUUACUCUGUUAAGUAGGAAUGGUUGAAGGUGCCACUGAAGUGGCAAUAGAGUUAUGGCGUGCGUUUUCUGUUCAGAAGUGUGAUCCUCUACACAAAAUGACAUGAAAUUAACCUUUGUGUCGUUCAUCUCUGAAACGUACUUCAUCUGACCUGCAACAGGACAGACUCUGAUUAUAUGAUAUUGUUUCAAAAUAAUCAACGGUUGAGAUUUCUUCAAUGUAAUGGCAGGUGGAGGUUAUCAUAAAUGCCUCUCGUGUUUGUCAGCACUGCACUAAUAACAGGAAGAGUAAUGCUUAACUGCUGAUGGGAAAAUCUGUUAUGGUGAUGCUUGUUUUGUGCUUAAUGGGUUAACUGUACAUUUCCAUUAAAGAGGUAA